GCAGUGCAAAAACUUAUGAGCGGCAAUGCUUAACGUUAAGAUUAGCGCCACAGACGAAACGUAUAAAAGCUUUGUCCAACCGGACAGUGGAUAUCAGUAAGUCUUUCAGAGUCUUUCCGCUAACAACAUGAAGUUCAUUAUUGCCCUCGCCUGCCUGGUGACAUUGGCCUACGCCAAUGAAAAUGCCAAUGUGCUGAAGAGCGUACAGGAGGUCAACGUUGACAACUUCAAAUACGCUCUUGAAUUGGACAAUUCAGUGAACGUAGCGCAAGAAGGUCAACUGAAGGGAGAGGAAUUGAUUGUGAAUGGCCUACAAGCAUGGACGUCUCCUGAGGGUGAACCAGUUAGUAUCCAAUACUUGGCUGACGCUAACGGCUACCAAGUUCUUGCUGCUAACCCCCCUCUGCCGACUCCACCUCCAAUCCCAGAGGCAAUCCUCAGGUCCAUUGAAUGGAUCAAAGCUCAUCCAAUUGCUGAAAAUCAAAACUAAAUUAUGAUUCUUUCGUUAACAAUAAAAGCAUAAAAAUGUAA